UCUAAUCAUUCACAUCCCUAGUGGCAAACGACCGUAUCGGCGAAUUGUUUGCUAAAAACCUAAAUAAAAGUUUCAAUUAAAAGAUUUGUUGUGAAAAAUUGAUGUGUGAUUCGUGAAAUAUCAUCAUGGCUUACCACUACGUGGUUACUGCACAGAAACCGACUGCCGUUAUAUCAUGUGUUACUGGCAACUUCACUUCGCCGACGGACUUAAACCUCCUGGUGGCGAAGGUUUCCCGUCUGGAGAUGUACCUCGUGACGCCCGAGGGUCUGCGGCCGAUGAAGGAGGUUGGACUCUACGGGCGCGUCGCUAAAAUGAAGAUGUUCAGGCCACCAUACGAAAACAAGGACUUAGUGUUCAUCCUAACUGCUCGCUACAACGCCAUGAUAUUGGAGUGGCGGACUGGAUCCAACGGCGAGCUGGAAGUGGUCACCAGAGCCCACGGCAACGUCUCAGACAGGAUUGGGAAACCUUCAGAGAACGGCAUCCUGGCCGUCAUCGACCCACAGGCUCGAGUAAUUGGUUUAAGACUGUAUGACGGUCUCUUUAAAAUUAUACCACUUGAUAAGGACUCCACAGAGCUAAAAGCUGCUAGUUUAAGACUCGACGAACUAAAUGUUUAUGACGUAGAAUUCUUACAUGGUUGUUCAAAUCCUACAAUUAUUUUAAUACAUCAAGAUCUCAAUGGCCGACAUAUUAAGACUCAUGAGAUAAAUUUAAGAGAGAAAGAAUUCAUGAAGAUACCUUGGAAGCAAGAUAAUGUUGAAACUGAAGCUUCCAUAUUAAUUCCUGUUCCUAGCCCACUUGGUGGCGCCAUAGUCAUUGGACAAGAGUCAAUAGUAUACCACGAUGGGCAAAGUUAUGUUGCUGUUGCCCCACCACAAAUUAAGUUAACUCCAAUAAACUGCUACUGCCGGGUGGACGGGCGCGGGCUGCGGUACUUACUGGGAGACAUCGCGGGACGACUGUUUAUGUUGCUACUCGAGCUGCAAGAGAAGAUGGAUGGCACACAGGCGGUGAAGGAUCUCAAGGUUGAAUUGUUAGGUGACAUCCCAAUACCGGAAUGCAUGACGUACCUGGACAACGGCGUGGUGUUCAUCGGGUCGCGGCUCGGCGACUCGGCCCUGGUGCGGCUGUCGGCGUCGCGGGACGAGGCCAGCCAGUACGUGCAGCCCAUGGAGAGCUUCACCAGUCUCGCGCCCAUCGUCGACAUGUGCGUCGUGGAUCUCGAGAGGCAGGGACAGAAUCAGCUGAUUACGUGCUCUGGUGCCUUCAAAAUGGGUUCCCUGCGCAUAAUCCGCAACGGCAUCGGCAUCCAGGAGCAGGCGUCCAUCGACCUGCCCGGCAUCAAGGGCAUGUGGGCGCUCACGCUGGCGCCCAACCACGCCUACCAUGACACGCUCGUACUGGCCUUCGUCGGACAAACUAGGGUAUUAACAUUAAAUGGUGAAGAAGUCGAGGAGACGGAGAUCAAAGGUUUCGUCUCCGAUAGACAGACUUUCUACACGGGGAAUGUCUGUCAUGAUCAACUAAUUCAGGUGACGGACGAGGGCAUCCGCCUGAUCGCGCGCGCGGCGGGCGGCUGGCGGCUGGCGGCGGAGUGGCGCGUGGCGGGGUCGCGCGCGCUGUCCGUGGUGGCGUGCGGCGCGGCGCGCGUCGUGGCGGCCGCCGGCCCGCGCCUGUUCCUCGUGCACGUUGGCGACCAGCAGCUCGAGCUCAAGGCUGAAGUGUGUAUGGAAGAGGAAGUAGCCUGUCUCGAUCUGGGCCCCGGUGAAGAUGAGGCUUUACUCGGAGUCGGUCUCUGGACUGACAUCUCUGUGAGAGUACUCAAAUUGCCUGAUCUAAGACCACUGCACACUGAAAAACUGUCUGGAGAAAUAAUACCUCGGUCGUUACUUAUCUGCGUGUUGGAGGGCGUGUGUUACUUACUGUGCGCGUUAGGAGACGGGUCCAUGUUCUACUUCACGGUAGACCAAGAGACCGGCGUGCUUACUAACAAGAAGAAGGUUACCUUGGGGACACAGCCCACUGUGUUGAGAAGCUUCAGAUCCCUAUCAACAACGAAUAUAUUCGCGUGCUCAGACCGGCCGACAGUGAUCUUCUCGUCGAACCACAAGCUCGUGUUCUCAAACGUUAACCUCAAGGAGGUCACACACAUGUGUUCGCUUAACGCACAGGCGUAUCCUGACAGUUUGGCGUUAGCAACAGACAGUACGGUAACAAUAGGCACUAUCGACGAGAUCCAGAAGCUGCACAUCCGCACCGUGCCUCUCGGAGAGACGCCCAGGAGGAUCGCCUAUCAAGAGGCUUCACAGACGUUCGGCGUGAUCACGAUGCGCGUGGACAAGCUGGAGUGGAGCGUGGGCGGCGGCGCGGCGGCGGUGGCGGUGCGCGCGUCCGCCAGCACGGCGGCCGCGUCCUCCAGCGGCGCGCCGCUCGCGCAGCCCAAGCACGCGCCCAACGCGCUCGACCUCGAGGUGCACAACCUGCUCGUGCUCGACCAUCACACCUUCGAAGUUUUACACGCACAUCAGCUCAUGACGAAUGAGUUCGCAAUGUCUCUAGUCUCCUGCAAGUUGGGAGACGACCCAAAUCAUUAUUAUGCCGUAGGAACAGCCAUACUUAAUCCAGAAGAAUCGGAACCCAAACAGGGCAGGAUCCUAUUGUUCCAUUGGUCAGAAGGUAAAUUAGCUCAAGUAGCUGAGAAAGAGAUCAAAGGAGGUUGCUAUACGCUCGUCGAAUUUAAUGGAAAACUUCUCGCCACUAUCAACAGUACGGUACGACUCUUCGAAUGGACGUCAGAAAAAGAGCUCCGGCUAGAAUGCAGUCACUUUAACAAUAUAGUCGCUUUGUACCUGAAAGUGAAAGGGGAUUUCAUACUAGUCGGAGACCUUAUGCGCUCCUUGUCGCUACUGCAGUAUAAACAGAUGGAGGGUAGUUUCGAAGAGAUAGCUCGCGACUACAGUCCCAACUGGAUGACAGCUGUUGAGAUAUUAGAUGACGACACAUUCCUGGGUGCCGAGAAUAGUUUUAACCUCUUCGUUUGUCAGAAGGAUAGCGCGGCGACUACAGACGAGGAGCGGCAGCAGAUGUCGUACAUGGGGCAGUUCCACGUGGGCGACAUGGUCAACGUCAUGCGCGCGGGCUCGCUGGUGGGGCAACACGCCGACACCGCCGCGCCUGUCGCCAACCCCGUCCUGCUCGCCACCGUCACAGGGUCCAUCUGCCUAGUGGUUCAACUAUCACAAGAGCUAUACGACUUCCUACACCAACUGGAAGAGAGAUUAACACACACAAUCAAGUCAGUGGGCAAGAUCCCGCACUCGUUCUGGCGGUCGUUCAACACGGACAUCAAGACGGAGCCGGCUGAGGGCUUCAUCGACGGAGACCUGAUCGAGAGCUUCCUAGACCUCAGCAGGGACAUGCAGCAGGAAACGGUGCAGGGGUUACAGAUUGACGACGGCGGCGGGAUGAUGCGCGACGCGACGGUAGAUGAUCUCAUCAAGAUCGUGGAAGACCUCACCAGGAUACAUUAGAUUACCAUGUGAUUAUGUUAUAGUUCGUACUGCAGAUGAUUAAAGACUUUAUGUACUUCCA